AUGUCCUCUCGAUCUAUAACCAUAGUGUCCUCUGGACGGAGCACGGAGCUCGGCUUCAGUGGGGUGAGAAUACACUCGGCUCAGCUCCCCUCACAUCCCAAACUCCCACUGGCGGAGGAGGACAGGGAGUCUGGCAUCGGCUCCACCCUUGACCUCACUGGCAGCUUUGAGGGCUGUAACCAACAUACCAAUCACCACUCCGACAAACCCUCACUGAUGGAGGCAGGCACAUUCCCCGGGGAGAAAGACAGAUCUCCUCAGACCUCAGCAGCGAGUCCAAACAAGAUCAAGAAGGUCCUUAUCAAUCUAUCCAAGAUCCCUCUCCUCUUCCUCCUCCUCUUCCUCUUUGUUUGCUCCUUGGAUACUCUGAGCUCUGCCUUCCAGUUAGCAGGGGGUAAAGUGGCAGGGGACAUUUUCCAGGACAAUGCAGUGCUGUCUAACCCCGUGGCAGGGCUCGUGGUGGGGAUCUUGGUUACUGUGCUGGUUCAGAGCUCAUCAACCUCCACCUCCAUUGUAGUCAGUCUGGUGGCCUCCGGACUUUUAGAAGUCAGGUCGGCUGUUCCAGUCAUCAUGGGGACCAAUAUUGGGACUUCGGUUACAAACACCAUAGUGGCCAUGAUGCAAGCGGCAGAACGAACCGAGUUUCAACGUGCUUUUGCCGGAGCAACAAUCCAUGACUGCUUCAACUGGCUGUCAGUCCUGGUUCUGUUGCCCCUGGAGGUGGCGAGCGGGUUCAUGACUCGGCUGUCUCACCUGCUGGUCACCACUCUGAGGCUCGAGCCAGGGGAGGAAGCACCCGAGCUACUCAAGGUCAUCACGGAGCCAGUCACCAAGCUUAUCAUACAGCUGGACAAGUGUGUGAUCACAGGGAUCGCCAUGGGGAAGGAGGGCAUGAGGAACAGGAGCUUGGUGAAAGAAUGGUGCCAGACCAACCUUGUUAUGGUAAUGUCUCAUCUCUAGCCCUUUUUGUCACUUUGCAUAGUGUCUCAACUCAUUUGGUAAGGUAUAAAUGCAGUCAAAUAUCCUGUUAUUGUGGCUUUCUUUGUAGGUAGACAUUUGUUUGCAUCUGCUGAGAUGUCAGACCUCACAGUGGGCCUCAUCCUACUCGCCACCUCGCUGGCUGUCCUGUGCACAUGUUUGCUGCUUCUAGUCAAACUGCUCAACUCUCUUCUUAAAGGCCAAGUAGCAAAGGCCAUCCAUAAAGUCAUCAACACAGACCUUCCCUAUCCAUUUGGGUGGCUGGCAGGAUACAUCGCCAUGUUUGUGGGUGCAGGUGUGACAUUUGUGGUGCAGAGUAGCUCUGUCUUUACUUCAGCCAUGACUCCUCUUAUAGGUAUUGGUGUAAUCAGUUUGGAGCGAGCCUAUCCUCUCACUCUUGGGUCCAACAUUGGCACAACUGCCACAGCCCUGCUGGCAGCUUUGGCCAGUCCUGGGAACAAACUUGCUGCUGCCAUACAGAUUGCUCUGUGUCACCUUUUCUUCAAUGUUUUUGGCAUUCUGUUGUGGUAUCCUUUCCCAUUCAUGCGUCUACCGAUAAGGAUGGCUCGUGUUCUCGGUGAGCGCACUGCCAAGUACCGCUGGUUUGCAAUCUUGUACCUACUCCUCUGCUUCCUGUUGCUUCCAUCACUGGUGCUGGGCCUCUCACUGGCUGGUUGGCAGGUGAUGGCUGGAGUUGGGGCUCCUUUCUUGGGUGUAACCAUCUUCAUUACCAUGGUGAAUGUAAUGCAGUCCCGCAGCCCCCAUCACCUGCCAAACAAGCUCAAGAACUGGGACUUCCUGCCCAAAUGGAUGCACUCUCUCAAACCACUGGACCACCUAAUUGCCAAAACAGUUCUCUGCUGCAGCUUCUCUUGUGAAGACAGACAAGAGGAAGAAGAAGCACCAAUAUCUCCAAGUACAACCUCUUGCAACAAACACACGGAGUUUGCUCAGCUUGCUUACAACAACCCAGUCAUGGAUUACCUGCAUGAGAGAAGACCAGAUGUACCAGUUCUUAAAUUAAAAGGUUUAGAGAGGUGCAACAGCACUCCUCUGUAA